AAACCAAAACCAGAAAAAUGCUUUACUUGGUUAUAUAAUCUAAGUACUAGACCUCGUCACUCGUCAGAACGGGAACAGCAUCAAUGGCGACUGAUAAUGAUUAUGGAGCUUUCAUUGAGAAAUUAACAAUUUCUCCAACUCCUCCUUCCUUGUUUUCUCCUUCUCUACAGAGUCUUACCUUUGCCAUUAAAGAUAUUUUCGAUGUGGAAGGACACGUAACCGGUUUUGGUAAUCCGGAUUGGUUAAGGACGCACUCGGCAGCUACUUCCACGGCUCCUGCAGUUUCAUCUCUCUUAGAAGCUGGUGCCACCGCUUUAGGAUUUACCAUUAUGGAUGAAAUGGCUUGCAGUAUAAAUGGAGAUAAUGUGCAUUAUGGGACUCCCAGAAACCCGAUUGCUUCCGAUAGAUUGCCUGGCGGAUCGUCUAGUGGCUCAGCCGUAGCUGUAGCUGCUCGUCUUGUGGAUUUUUCUAUCGGAACUGAUACCGGAGGGAGUGUACGAGUUCCAGCAUCUUACUGUGGCAUUUUUGGUUUCCGGCCAUCACACAAUGCUGUUUCCACUGCCGGAGUUACUCCACUGGCUCAGAGCCUCGAUACAGUGGGAUGGUUUGCUCGGGAAACCGCCACUUUGAAACGUGUAGGCUCUGUUCUUCUGGAGCAGCCUCACCUGAAGUGCAUCGAACCAGAUCAACUGAUUAUCGCUGAUGACUGCUUCAAGCUGUGUAGUAUAUCACGUGAUUUGUUGGUGCAGCCUCUCGUUGGAGCCGUGGAAAAUUCGUUUGGAGGCAAGAUUGUAGUAAAGAAGGUGAAUCUUGGAGAGUACAUUGAAGAGAAUGUCCCUAGCCUUAAACAUUUCAUGACAAGUGACGAUGUCACGACACAACAAGAGUUCAGCAUUCCGUCUCUCAUGGCUCUAUCGAGUUCAAUGCUAUUGUCAGUAAUGCAUGAAUUCAAGACAAACCACAGUGCAUGGGUCUCGUCGGUGAAACCAGAGUUUGGUCCUCAAUUAUCAGCAUUGAUGGAGGUAGCUAUCAGGACGUCCGAUGAGAAGAUAGACCAUUGCCGAUCCGUGAAAUCCGAACUUAAGACGGCUCUUUCAACUUUGCUCGGGGAGAAAGGUGUGUUAGUGAUUCCAACGGUACCAGGUCCUCCACCGCAUCUCAAAGCUGAUGUGGCUGCACUUGAAUCUUUCAGCAGCAAAGCCUUCAGCUUGUUGUCGAUCGCUGGCGUUUCUGGAUUCUGUCAGGUGAGCAUACCAUUAGGGCUACACGAAAAUCUUCCGGUAUCGGUAUCCUUGGUAGCUAAGUCUGGCUCAGACGGUUUUCUUCUCAGUCUUGUGGAUUCCCUUGCGGGAUUUAUGUGAUUGACAAUGAAAAGAAAGGAAGAGUUCGCCCAAUCAUAUAGGCUUUUUCCUUAUGUGGGAUCCGACAGUGUGAUGGUUGGGGGUACGACCGAUCAGUUAACAGCCGACCGCUCUACCACUUAGGAACAACGGGAGAUUAGAUCUCAUAGGGUUCAAUACCCGUUCUCAACCCAUGACAUGUUUGAGUCUAAUUUGCUUUCUGUUUACAAUAAACCUCAACAAUGCAUUAAAUAAAUUGUUGUCCAUGUUGGCCAAUUGUAUUUGUGUUUUAGCGAAAACAUUAAUGGCAAAUUAUUUAAAAGC